AGCAAGACUUCUGCAUACCUGAACCUGAACCUGAACCAUCCCUGCACCCUCAUGCCGUCCCAUUAGUCCUUCAAGGUUCCCUGCUACUCCCCACUGAAAGAGCCACUAACCUGUGCUGACUUGUCCCAGUGACGUGAACUCAUCGCCGUUCCCCUGUUCCAGAUGAUCUGGCCAAGAUCGGCGGCGAGCAGGGUGCCGGGUCAUCGAUUCGUCCCCGAGUUCGUAGGCUUGGUGAAGAGCAGCAUGCAAGAGGGGCACAGCGAGACCGUCGUCAACUACAGGGUGUUCGUCGGCACGUGGAACGUCGGCGGCGAGGCGCCGCCGGAUGAUCUUGACCUGGAGGAUUGGCUGGACACCAAGGCCGGCUCCCACGACAUCUACGUUCUCGGGUUCCAAGAGAUCGUGCCACUGAACGCGAGGAGCGUGCUCGGCCCCAAGCAGAGAUCGGCAGCCAUGAAGUGGCAGCGGCUCAUCGAGGACGCACUGAACAGCAGGAGGAGCGUGCAGGAUGGAGAAGACGCGACGCGAGGAGCAGCGAUGGAUCACGGACAGGGCGUGUUCAGGUGCGUCGUGAGCAAGCAGAUGGUCGGCAUCUUCGUCUCCGUCUGGGCGAGGAGCGGCCUCCGCCGGCACGUCCGCCACCCCGGCGUCUCCGCCGUCGGCGCCGGCGUCCUUGGCCGGCUCGGCAACAAGGGCGCGGUGUCGGUCCGGUUCUUGCUGCACGACACGAGCUUCUGCUUCGUCUGCUGCCACCUGGCCUCCGGCGGCGAGGACGGCGACGCGCAACGCCGGAACGCCGACGCGGCGGACAUCCUCUCGAGGACGAGCUUCCUCUACUCCGGCGGCGCGCGGGCACCGGGUGAAAUGCCCAAGAAGAUUCUUGACCAUGACCGCGUGGUGCUGCUCGGCGACCUCAACUACCGGAUCGCCAUGGACGACGCCGAGGCGCGGCAGCUGGUGAGGGCCAGGAAAUGGAGCAUGCUGCUGGAGAGCGACGAGCUGCUGCUCGAGCUCUCCGCGGGCCGGCAGUUCGACGGCUGGCGCGAGGGCCACAUCACCUUCGCCCCGACCUACAAGUACCACCGCAACUCCGAUCAGUUCUGCUGGUGCGCUGACGGCAGCGCCAUCGCCGGCCGCGACAAGAAGCGGCACCGCGCGCCGGCAUGGUGCGACCGGAUCCUUUGGCGCGGGAAGGGGAUGAGGCAGAUCCGGUACGAGCGGUGCGGUGGCUACCGGCUCUCCGAUCACCGGCCGGUGAGGGCGGUGUUCCACGCUGUGUGUGAGGUGGUGGAAAGCAAGCAAUAUUAACUUAGCUGCAGGCUUCUGUCCUCUGAAACAAUUAACAAACGAGAUACUGUAAAUUUUAGAGUGUGUUCACAACAGAGAAAUUUCGCAACAGCUUGGUUUCCUGCGUCCCCUUUCAAAAUAGGCCCUCGAUGAUUUACCUGAGGAUGAAAGGCUCUUGUCGCCUUUUUUUGUAUCUGCAGGUGGAAAAUUCAUGUAAAUCUCCUGUUCUUUUCCCCUGCUGAAGAUAUGGAAUCCGAGGAUCAUUGUCCACUCGGUUCAUGCAUUUA